GAUAUGACGUGGAGCGACUAGUGACCUCGCAUUUCACAAAACGUGACGAAACCUCUAUUAUUGGUAAGAGGACUCAAUCUUUAGAAACUAAGAGAGAAUGAAAUUAACACUAAAAUUGCUGCUUCUGCUUCUGGUUAUCUUGAAUCAACAUGUUGAUUCUGGCUCUAUCGUCAAGUUUCUUCCCGGCUUUGAAGGCCCUCUUCCUUUCGAACUCGAAACCGGGUACAUUGGUAUUGGUGAGGAAGAGGAAUCGCAGUUGUUUUACUAUUUCAUCAAAUCUGAGAACAAUCCAAAGGAAGACCCUCUUCUUCUCUGGUUAAAUGGAGGACCUGGAUGUUCUUCUAUCACUGGCCUUUUUUUCGAGAAUGGACCUCUGGCUUUGAAGUUAGAGGUUUACAAUGGAAGUGUCCCUUCUUUGGUCUCUACUACAUAUUCGUGGACAAAGAUGGCGAACAUAAUAUUUUUGGAUCAGCCUGUUGGAACUGGCUUCUCCUACUCACGAACCCCACUUAUUGAUAAGCCUAGUGACACAAGCGAAGUUAAGAGGAUCCGUGAGUUUCUUCAAAAGUGGCUAAACAAGCAUCCACAGUUUUCUUCCAACCCUUUUUAUGCUAGCGGAGAUUCUUAUUCCGGUAUGAUUGUUCCAGCCCUCGUUCAAGAAAUCUCUAAAGGAAAUUAUAUAUGUUGCAACCCUCCUAUAAAUCUACAGGGUUAUAUACUCGGGAACCCGAUAACAUAUUUUGAAGAAGACCGAAACUAUCGCGUUCCAUAUUCUCAUGGAAUGGCACUAAUUUCAGAUGAACUAUACGAGUCAAUUAGGAGAGCCUGCAACGGAAAUUAUUUCAAUGUGGAUCAACGUAACACAAAAUGUUUGAAAGUUGUUGAAGAAUACCAUAAGUGUACCGACAAACUAAAUAGAUUCCAUAUAAUAUCACCAGAUUGCGACAUAACAUCUCCUGAUUGCUUUUUAUAUCCAUAUUAUCUCCUUAGCUACUGGGCCAACGACGAGAGCGUUCGUGAUGCUCUUCAUGUUAAUAAGUGGAGUAUAGGAGAAUGGGUGCGAUGUAAUCGGAGUAAACCAUACAACAAGGACAUCAAGAGCAGCGUACCAUACCAUAUGUAUAACAGUAUUAAUGGCUACCGAUCUCUCAUCUACAGUGGUGAUCAUGAUUUGGUGGUUCCUUUCCUCGCAACUCAAGCCUGGAUAAAAUCUCUAAAUUACUCCAUCAUUCAUGACUGGAGACCUUGGAUGAUUAAAGAUCAAAUCGCUGGAUACACAAGAACUUAUUCCAAUAAGAUGACUUUUGCUACUGUCAAAGCAAGUGGGCACACAGUAGAGAAUAAACCAAAUGAGAGUUUUAUCAUGGUUCAAAGGUGGAUUAAUGGCCAACCUUUGUAAAAAGGCUCAUGGCCUUUUAAGUAUAAAAAAUAAGAAUAUGUAUCAUGAACUGUUUGUAUACAUUACAAUUAUCUACUAUGUGAGUUAUUUGUUCGGAUCCAGAGGAGGUUUAGAACUCUCUCCCCACAAGUUCGACAUGCUUGGGAGGGAGAUAGUUACCAAUAAAUGAGGUAUUAUUAA